AUGCGUGUCCGACCUGCGGAGCGACAGUGCAGUCGAGCACGAGGCAAGGCGGUGCUGGGCCCGCUGCAGGCGGCCGCCGGGGCGGGGCUCAGCUCCGGGCCGCCGCCGGAGCUGGCGGCGCGCACCUGCGAGGCCGUUGUGCGCGUGCUGCGCCUCCUCGCCCGCUCGGAUCUGGUGUGGCCUUCAAAGAUCCUGUGCAAUGCCUGCAGCUUCCUGGCGCUGGCCAGCAUGUUGCGCGCCUUCCAAAGUGCCGUCGACGUGAACGACGUGAACUCGGAUGGCUCGCACGGCAAGUCGAUCUUCUUGGCCCCAGGGCAGGUGGUGGCGAUCUGCGGGCUGCGGUCGCUGCGCGGCGCGGAGCUCAACGGCGCCCGCGCCCAGGUCCGAGCCUUCCACGCGGACUCCGGCCGCUACAUCGUGAGUCUCAAUGAGGAAGAUCCUCCAAGUGAAUGGAAGAAGCUACGAGUGGAGAAUCUCAAAGCAGAUUCCGACACUUCAAAUGCCUCACUGGCUUUGGCAGGUGCAAGAGAAUGUGGGAAAGCAUGCUUGGAAGCCGUGGCCGAGAUUUUCGACGACCUUCUCUUCAUGAUGCACCAGGAGGAGAGCGACGAGAUGUGCCUGGCACUUCUACACGCGCAGCUGGCCUCCACCAUGUGGGAAGCCUUGGUCUGCUGUGCUGGUCCGGCAUCCUUGCCAGCGUCUGCAGUGCUCGACCUCUCGGGCGACAUCAUGAUCUCUUCCCUUUUCGCCCGGCACGUCUUCUCAGUCCACCUCACUGCGCACGCUGCGCAGGCUGCGCACGCCGCCCCGCAAGAUCAGGCGGCCACGGUGAGGCGGUUACUGACUUUGCAGGAGAGCUUUGCAGAAGCUUACUGCCGGCUCUAUCAGCCUGACGCGCACUGGGGACCCAGAGAGACAGACGAGAGCAUCCACGACUUGCAGGAGAGCCUGGAUGCUCACAUCUUGCGGGUGGCAAGUGCAGCAGUUCAGAUGGGGGUGCUUCCGCAACUCAUCGACUGCUGCGACUUCCACCUCGCAAUCUCGCCUCAGCCGAGCGCCACGCUUCCAGUUCUGCUGUCUCGUCUGGUCUGCAUUUUUGCGAGCCGCGAUGCGAUGCUCCAGCGCCACAUCAUCCUGCUGACCCCGGCCAUCCUGGCUGUGGCGGAGUCCUUUGUGGAGGCCGGAGAGGCCGGGGCCCGGCAUGGCCUGUCGCAGGUGCUAGAUGGCGUCAUUGCAGUGAGCCAGCUCAGCGAGUGCAGCGGGUCAGUGGAGGCGCUGACUGCCCGUUCGCUUCAGAGCGAAGUGCGACAUGACCCCGCAGUGCUGUCUCGCCUUGCUCUAGCCCAUCCGGGCAGCCCGUGGGUGCACACCUUUGCAAGCUUCUCUGGGAAGGACAAGGCGGUGUUCUGGCAGCAUGCACAAGCGCGAAGCUGCUUGCUGCGCCACGGCGAGGAGGUGCUGAGCCUCCUGCAGGAGCUGUGUGGAGAGACUCCCGAGCCGUCGUCACCCAUAGAUGUGUCUGACGCUUUGCCGCCAAAUCAGCACAGUUUUGACGAUGGGCAGAUUGUGGAGGUGAUCGCCAGCGUUGAGGAGGCUUGCCUGGCGCGGGGCGAGGCGCCUGAGGCGCCGGCGCCGCCGAGCCUCAGCGCGCUGGACCUGCCUCGCAAGAAGGAUCGGAUCGCGAAGCGCCUGGGCCGCAGCGACCUCGCGCGGCUGCGCGGCGUGGACCUUGCCGCAGCACCUGAGGACUUGCGCUGCGCCAUCGACGGGAAGGUUUUGGGCGCCCCGGUUCAGUCGCCCUACGGCCACAUCUUCGAGCAAGACACGUUGCGGCAAUGGCUCGCGACCUGUGGCAGUGUGUGCCCCAUCACCGGACAGCCGUUGCGAGAAGAGGACUGUAUGGCAGACACAGCGACGCAGCAGAAGGUUUUAGAAUGGGUGAAGGCAACCCGAGCAUCGCACAAGGAGCGCCGAAGGCCGCAGCCACCUUACGAGCCAUGACCGAAUUGGAAUUGAUCGAAUUCAGCGCAAAGUGCGAAAGGCUGGUACAGCAUGCCGUGCAUGAACGCUCUCUUGUCGCAGUGUCAGGU